UUGCGCACUCCACCCCCUCCCUCCGCGCCCGCGCGCGCCUUCCCCGCCCCGUCCGCCUCACUCCUUUCGGGGCGGUUGGGCCGCGCGCCUGUGGGGGCGGGGCCCGGAGCAGGCGACCGAGCCAAUGGGGCGUGGCGGCGGCGGCGGUGGUGGCGGCGGCGGCGGAGGCGGUGGUGGCAGCGGCGGCGGCUGGGUCGGGCCCCGACGGGCGGCGGCGGCUGAAGUGGAGGCGGAGGGAGGCGGCGGUGGCGGUGGCGGCGGCGGCGGGAAGAUGGCGGCGCCCGUCCUGCUGAGAGUGUCGGUGCCGCGGUGGGAGCGAGUGGCCCGGUAUGCAGUGUGCGCUGCCGGAAUCUUGCUCUCCAUCUACGCCUACCACGUGGAGCGGGAGAAGGAGCGGGACCCCGAGCAUCGGGCCCUCUGCGACCUGGGGCCCUGGGUGAAGUGCUCCGCCGCCCUUGCCUCCAGAUGGGGUCGAGGAUUUGGUCUUUUGGGUUCCAUUUUUGGAAAGGAUGGUGUAUUAAACCAGCCAAACAGUGUCUUUGGACUUAUAUUUUAUAUACUACAGUUAUUACUUGGCAUGACAGCAAGCGCUGUGGCGGCUUUGAUCCUCAUGACGUCCUCCAUCAUGUCGGUCGUGGGGUCCCUGUACCUGGCCUACAUUCUGUACUUUGUGCUGAAGGAGUUCUGCAUCAUCUGCAUCGUCACGUACGUGCUGAACUUCCUUCUUCUCAUUAUCAACUACAAACGACUAGUUUACUUGAACGAGGCCUGGAAGCGGCAGCUGCAGCCCAAGCAGGACUGACGCCCGACAGACUCUGCCCUGACAGAGUCUUUCCAUUCAGUUUAUUUUGCCGCAGGUUUUUAUUAUUAUUAUUAUUAUUAUUAUUCACAACAGACACUUUCCCUAAGAAUCUCAAACUGAUUUUUAAAAAUCCUGUAAAUUAGAAGGGGCCCUCGCUAUUUUCUGUGUCAGUCUUCGUUUUAAAUAUCGAUACAAAAAGGACACGCCGAGCCAAUCAAAGACAAGCUUUAACUUUACUUUGAAGAUGUUUCUGAAAUGAUAAAAUGUAGCCCUAGCCCCCUGCCCUCAAUUGUAACGUGAGCAACCAUUGCUAGUAAUUCUUUAAUGUGUAUAAAUUCAAUUUCAGGUAUAACAAAUGUGAUCAUAACAUGAAAAUAUUCUAGAAUAGAUACUGUAUUAAAUAUUGCCAUGUUUACAAUAUGUAAUGUUUUUAGCCGAUGGAUUUAAACAUGUAGAUUCAACUAGAAUCCAUUCAUGUGAUAUUUGUAAAUAAAGGUAGAAAUAUUAGAUCCAUUUCUGCAGAACUUACUGUACAGUGUAGUUGGAGUGUAGCACUGAAGAACUGUCAGCUCAGCAUUGACUGAGGAGAUAGUGAAAAUAGCCUAUACACAGCAUCUUGUGAAAAGUACUGGCAACCGUGGGUGCAGCAAAUAAUAGGGUGAAAAAAAUAAUAAUAGGGUGGUCGGUUCCCUUUCAUCUCACUCUUCUGAAAGGAAAAAAUUGAAUUGGAACGUUCAAGUCCGGUUUGUGUUCAGUCAUAAAACUGGGCCAAUUGUUAACCUUACAGAAUGAGUCAUGUGGCCAGACCUUCAAGUCCAAGGCUUUCAGGACACUAAGGAUGGGAAAAUGGGUAUUUUUCUUUGGAGAAAAGCUGGAAAUAUAAACAUGGCAUUUUUAGGUAAAGUUUCUUCCACCAGUUGAAUUUUCAUGCAGAUAUUUUUCCUUAACGUUGGUGCCAGUCAAGCAAACAGUAUUAUGAUGGAAAAGACCAGUCCAAGCCCCAUCGCUCCAGAGUGGGAGCCAGUGUUCUUGCUAAUUGUUUCUUCCUGCACUAACCACUCGGAUGUCUAAUUUAGUUGUUUUGCAGUCAGAUACUGGAUUUGUAACCUUCAGGGCUGACAUGCUGCGCAGUUUGCUUCAUCAGGAGAUUAGGAACUGGUAGACACAUCUCAAGGCUAAAUCUGCUCAUGUCGCCACUGCUCUCAUAAUGACACACAUGCAGUAAGAAGAAUUUUGGAAGGGGAUUUGAGUACACCCAAAUGAAAUGGUGACAGGACGUUUGUAUGGUUAACAUCUGAUAUCAGAAUGUUAAAAGUGCCUUCUGUCUUAAAUCUCAAACCAAAUAUUUUGUGUGUUGACCUUGGGCAGAAGAAGUGUCCUUCCCUCCUUUCUUCACCAUCAGGUAGAAAACCUGCACCUGCAGAAGGGUCCUGUGUGAUCAUUUAAUCUUCUGGUUGAGAAGCAGCAGUAAUGUUUUUGCUUCCAACCAGAUUAAUCAUUUGAUGUUAAAAAUAGUCAAUGAGACCAGUAUCUCUUGAGUACUUUAUUUGCCUUCUCUUUGAAGGGAGGGGACAGGCUCUGCUCUGUAAACUCAAAUGUGUAGAGUCAGCAACAAUUCCGUAGCUUCCAACUGACUCAGAAUUGACACAAUGUAGGUCUUCUGGCCCGAGGCACGUAUCAAGUCCAAAUUGUAAUGAACUUUUCACCAGUUUCAACCAGUUUCUUAAAAGAAAGCUUAACUCAAGAUUUCAUCAAGACUUGUGUUUUCCCAUGAAUGUGAAUCUUUCAAUGGCUGUUGGAGUAUGUAUGUACUGUUCUUGUAUUCUGAAGUAGUUAAAGAACUCUAGAAAGCACUGAUUGGCCAUCUGGUGUCUAUGGAGAAAGAAGUCCUCAAGUUUGAACGCUGUACAGUGAGGCCAUCUUGUAGCAGCGCAUCCAGCUCUACCAAGGCAGUCCUCUGGUUCUUUUUUCUAAGCUCCAGUGGAAAUGGCCUAAUGGUUAAAACUGUGGUAUACAUAACAUCGGUUGUGCUAAACAAGUUCCUCGUGUCCCAAUAUCCAAUGGUUUUUCAUCCUAUUUUGUACCAAUCAACAGAGUAUAGUUAAAGCUUGUCUUGAUGUUGCAUUCUUGCAAAUAAAUGUCUUCAACUUUUACCUGAGAAAACAUGGGAAAAUGGUCAGCCAGACCCUUCCAGUUUUUCCUUUGCUUUUCUAAGCCUCGGGGAAACCACUGUUUCAGUUGUAUAAAAAUUUUUGCCACA